ACACCAUUGUUUUUUUCCACAUCCUUCAGAUAAAGCCACUUUCAUGUUAGCAAAAUCAUUGAAAAAUAAAACUUUGUUGCUAAUUAACCAGAAGCAAUGAUUCUAAUUUUGUUUACACUUGUGUUGGCUGAAAUGGCAUUGAUUCUGAGCCUUCUGUUUAGAACCCCUCUGAGGAAGUUGGUGAUCGUGGGGUUAGAUCGAUCGAAGCAAGGACGGGGGCCAUUGGUGGUGAAGAGCGUGGGAGGAACCAUUCUCGUCUUCUUUAGCUCCACCAUAUAUAGUGUAUUCAGUGUUCAAAAACGUUUAUCAGAGGCAGGCUUUGUCAAUCCGACAGACGAGGUUCUUAUGGCACAUCGUCUCCUGGAAGCAUCUCUCAUAGGGUUUUCCCUAUUCCUGGCAAUGAUUAUAGAUAGACUACACUACUAUAUCAAAGAGCUCCAUCUGCUACGAGAACGCGUCGAAGAAGUGAAGAAUCUGAAAAAGGAUUAUGAGCACAAGAAAUCUACUGAUCCUGCAGAAGUGAAGAAGGCAACACAAAGGAUCAGCUAAAAGCUGAAUUCCGAAGAUGAAUAACCAUAUGAACAAGCAGAAGCUCCAAAUAAUGCAUCAAUUAAUAUAAUUAGUUCACGUUAAUAUAUCGUAGAAUUGCUAAAACCACAGUUUCUCAUUAAUCCCUUAAGAAUAAUUCAAAUCAACAUGGGUUGAUCAUUGAAAUAAUGCAUACAGCUUGCAAAAUUUUAGAUUGCUUCAUAGAAUAAAUGAAUUACUGUGGUCUCCUGUAAAUAUCAUACAAACCUACAAAUUGUAAUUUCUUUUAUUGAUAGCGCACAAUGUGAUAAACUACAAGCAUGUGUGAGUUGGGUUAGAAA